UUGACUGAACAUUGAUAGAAAGAUAACGUUGGAGGCAAGUUGCCUUUGAACAACGCUCUGAAGAUCAACUGCCUCCCCAUCGCAUUCCUUGUUCCGAAGCUGUUUCCUCUGGUUGUGCUAAGGGGUGAUGCCCUGGGCGCAUCACUUUUCAAGAAUUGGAUCAUGAACAACUUUAUCCUCCUGGAAGAACAGCUAAUUAAGAAAUCCCAACAAAAGAGAAGAACUUCUCCCUCGAACUUUAAAGUCCGUUUCUUUGUUUUAACCAAAACCAGCCUGGCGUACUUUGAGGAUCGUCAUGGGAAGAAGCGCACAUUGAAGGGCUCCAUUGAACUCUCCCGAAUCAAAUGUGUGGAGAUUGUGAAAAGUGACAUUAGCAUCCCGUGCCACUAUAAAUACCCAUUUCAGGUUGUACAUGACAACUACCUCCUGUAUGUAUUCGCUCCAGACCGAGAGAGCCGGCAGCGCUGGGUGCUGGCCCUUAAAGAAGAAACAAGGAAUAAUAACAGUUUGGUGCCCAAGUAUCAUCCUAAUUUCUGGAUGGAUGGGAAGUGGAGGUGCUGCGCUCAGCUGGAGAAGCUUGCAGUGGGCUGUGCCCAAUACGAUCCAACCAAGAAUGCUUCAAAGAAGCCUCUUCCUCCUACUCCUGAAGACAACAGGCGACCACUUCAGGAACCUGAAGAAACCCUGGUCAUUGCCUUGUAUGACUACCAAGCAAACGGUCCGCAGGAACUCACUCUCCAACGCAAUGAUGAGUACUACCUGCUGGACAGUUCCGAGAUUCACUGGUGGAGAGUUCAAGAUAGGAAUGGGCAUGAAGGAUAUGUACCAAGCAGUUAUCUGGUGGAAAAGUCGCCAAAUAACCUGGAAACCUAUGAGUGGUACAAUAAGAGUAUCAGCCGAGACAAAGCUGAAAAACUUCUUUUGGACACAGGCAAAGAAGGAGCCUUCAUGGUACGAGACUCCAGGACUCCAGGAACAUACACCGUGUCUGUUUUUACCAAGGCCAUCGUAAGUGAGAACAACCCCUGUAUCAAGCACUAUCACAUCAAAGAAACGAAUGAGAACCCCAAGCGAUAUUAUGUGGCUGAAAAGUAUGUGUUUGACUCCAUCCCUCUCCUCAUCAAUUAUCACCAACACAAUGGAGGAGGCCUGGUCACGAGACUCCGGUAUCCAGUUUGCUCCUGGAGGCAGAAAGCCCCAGUCACGGCAGGGCUGCGAUACGGCAAAUGGGUGAUCGAUCCCUCGGAGCUCACUUUUGUGCAGGAGAUUGGCAGCGGGCAGUUUGGGCUGGUGCACCUCGGCUACUGGCUCAACAAGGACAAGGUUGCCAUCAAAACCAUUCAGGAAGGGGCUAUGUCGGAGGAGGAUUUCAUAGAGGAGGCUGAAGUCAUGAUGAAACUCUCUCACCCCAAACUGGUCCAGCUCUAUGGGGUGUGCCUGGAGCAGGCCCCUAUCUGCCUGGUGUUUGAGUUCAUGGAACACGGCUGCCUGUCGGAUUACCUGCGCAACCAGCGGGGGCUCUUUGCUGCAGAGACCCUGCUGGGCAUGUGCCUUGAUGUGUGUGAGGGCAUGGCCUACCUGGAAAAGGUGUGCGUCAUCCACAGAGACCUGGCUGCCCGGAAUUGUUUAGUGGGAGAAAACCAAGUCAUCAAGGUGUCCGACUUUGGGAUGACAAGGUUCGUCCUUGAUGAUCAAUACACCUGUUCCACAGGCACCAAAUUCCCGGUGAAGUGGGCAUCCCCGGAAGUCUUCUCUUUCAAUCGCUAUAGCAGCAAGUCAGAUGUGUGGUCAUUUGGUGUGCUGAUGUGGGAAGUCUUCAGUGAAGGCAAAAUCCCGUAUGAAAACAGAAGCAACUCAGAGGUGGUGGAAGACAUCACUACCGGAUUUCGGUUAUACAAACCCCGAUUAGCCUCCUCACAUAUCUACCAAAUCAUGAAUCAUUGCUGGAAAGAGAAACCAGAAGACCGACCACCCUUCUCCAGACUCUUGAGUCAACUGUCUGAAAUUGCAGAAUCAGGACUUUAGCAGAAACUCAAUGGCAAGCCAUGGGCUGCAGAUCCUGCGUGGGGGAGGGAGGCCCUCCUUCCAUAGAGCAUUAAUGGCUGCCACCAGCCCAGGACUCCCCAGAGACAGCUGGCCUAUCACCCCAGUCCCUGAGCUGCCAUGGAGGCAGCACCCUGACAGAGGCUGGCACCGGGCCACAGGCAGGAGGUUCAGCCGCUGAACUGGGAGUGGGGCCAGACCAGCGGCGAUGUCUCUACCCUCCCUUCAGCCUCUUAUCUCUUGUGGUGCACAAACCUCUAUCUGACAGCUUUCAGGCAACACUUCUUGCACUUCUUCUUAGCGAAAAGGAGAGACGGGGGUUUGACCCCCGAUUAUUAUUUUUAUUGGUACUUUAAACAUGGAUCUAAAGUUUAUGGUCAAAGGACAUUUUACUUAGCCUGACAAUACGGAACCCCAGGAUACGGGGGAAGAGGAAUGAGGAGCAUGACUUUUUUUCGAGGAGAACUGGUGAGCUAAUUAAGGUCAGAAGGAGUGAGCUCUGCCACUGAGAUGCUGUCAGCCACAGCUUCCUGCCAUAGAGGAUGAUGGGACAACGGCUCACACCAGAGGCCGGAUAUUCUGAGAAGCAGCUUUCUGAGGUUUUACUCGUAGAGUGCACUGCCACCUCUCUCCUUGAAGGGAGCAUAAUGAACUGGGAUGAACAAUUCUAAGCCCAUGGUUGGAGCUCUGGGUAUGUGGUACCUGGGCAAGAAGAGGGCAUCUGAUGGUGGGGUACCUACUGGUACAAAGAAAGGCCUUACAUUGUCACCACUCUGAUGCUCACCGUUAGUACCGAGCCAGGCAGGUGACUAUGCCUCCCCUUCUGCACUGAAGGCCUCUGCAGGCAUCCUGGGAGGAAUGAUUACUUCUGAACACUGACUGACUAAGGACUCCGUUCUUGGUUUUUGUGGCCUCCAGGAAUCAGUCCCCUCUCUGCACUAUUCCACCCUCAUCAGCAGAGGGCAGCAUUAUGUUGGGCAGUGUGGCCUUGCAGAGAAAUUGAAGCUUUUUAAGCUCAAGAGUUUUGCAACUUCAAGGUUGAGGCUUUGAAGCCUCCCACAAUUCUAGGAGAAGAACAAGGGGUCUGUUCUUGCUCAAACUAUCUGGAUGGAAACUGAGUCAGGCACUGAGUUGCGUGCUUCCAAGGUACACAAAGAUGCCUACUGUUGGCUGAGCGCUUAAAUAUGCAAAGUGAAUAUGUACUGAGCUACAAGGCUUACCUGUAGAAUCUCAGUUCACCCUGAGUUCACAUCAACCCCAUGAGAUAGUAGUAUUAUUUCCAUUUUACGAAUGAUGGAACUGAGGCUUUAAAAAGCCAGGACACCUGCCAGAAGUGGCAGAGCAGGGCAAUGUAGAGCCAGGAUUCCAGCUCACAUCUGUUUGACUCCAAUGCAGUUUCUUUAUUCCUACUCAACACUGUCUCCUACUGGGAAUGAAAGGAAUUGCAGAGGAGAUAAAUACAGCAGAGGGAAAAGACAGAAAGCCAGUAAAGACUUCAACAUAGCAUCAGCAGCGAGUAAUGUCACUCCUGCGUAGACACCUAUGGUUGGGGGUGUGGCCCUCCAACUUGAAUAGCAUCUUCUUUUUCUUCGUCGGUAUUCUCACCUUGGUCAGAGUUAAUGACUUUGGAGUUACUCAGUUAAUCAAGCCUUUGAUUCACCCAACCCAUGAGAGUCAUGUUGCAUGAAGCCAUUUAUAGGUGAGCUUCAAAGCAGCUUUAAAAGAUUCUUCUGCAGCAUAUAAAUGCUUCCUUUAAUUAUCAUUCCAACUUUGAGUUGGCUGCAGUCUUCUUGAACACUUUGUGGGCAAGGGUAUUCCCUGAUGUAAGAGAGAUUUAAUUUUCCCACAGUAUUCAGGUAAAACUUUUAGAGGAAUUACUGGAUGGUGAUGCAAUUGGCUCUCUCUAAAUCAUGUGACAUUUUGACGGGCUGGAGAUUCAGAUGUAUAACUUUUAACUAUGAUUAUUGUGAAACUGGGAGCCUCAAGAUAAAACUCUAACAUCCAGAAGAUGAUUUUAUUCAACUUAUCCAAAAUCAUCGUUAUUUACUUUCACACAUUUUGUACAUUCUCUUUUGGAACCCUUAAUUAGAGAUAAUUUCUGGAACAUCCAGCCUGGAAGGAAAACAUGGGAAUUGACUGAUUUCUAUGGUCUGGUUUAGAAAAUUCCCCUUACAUGAUAUUAUCUCGUUCAAGCUCAGAUUUGUUGGGGCCAUAACCCAACAUGUGAGGAUAGUUAACCUCCCAGUGUCAUAUCCUGCAAAAUGGGCUUCCUGCCUGUUUUUUUUUCCUCUCACAUGAAAAUGGUGCCAUGUGGUCACAGGGAAUUCCCUUAUACAAGGUUUUGGUUCUAUUUGGGUUUUAUAGAUUUUGCAUUUUGUACCUUUUGAGACUAUGUAUUUAUAUUUGGAUAGAUUGAAUAUUUAUUAGUGUACAGUCAUUGCUAGUGUUCACAUUAAAAAUGUUACCAAUAUCCUUUACCCUUUGUAAAGCACACGAAGUUAAAGGUUGGGUGUAGCAAAUAAAGCUGUAUAUUUUCAUAAAAAUGCUA